AUGGACCCUUCCGUGGCGCAUCACCGCGUCGCUUCCAACUCGUACCGCAUCGCCAUGUCGCAGCAACCUCACCCGACCACGCCUUCCAACCAUGGCCACGUCCAUGGAUCCCGCGCGUCGACCUCGCAAGCGAACGGAAACGGUACGACGACAGUGCAUCCGCCCUCGCCUUCGAGGACGCGACCGCUCGGGUCUCGGCGCUUCGGUUCGCUGUCGGCGUCGGCGUCGCAUCGCACGUCCUCGCUCGAACGGAUACGGAUCUACGGGACCGACUGGUUCAGCCAUCGCGUGUUUAGUCGGAGGAACGGACCGAGGAGAUGGGUAGUCCUGCUCGCCGUCGUCGUCGGCCUGUAUCUGCUGCGGCAAUGGUCGACUGAGUCACCGGACGAACCACGAUUGGCGAAUCGACCGUCGAGUAGUUGGUCCUUGCUGGGGCAUCGCACACCGCUCGACGUUGAUCCGCCCGUCGUUGAUCGCGCCACGUUCGCCAAGCUCAAGCUGCUAGAGAUCCAUCAGGGCGCGGACGUACCCCUCGAACUGGAUGGUGUAGAGGACGACGCCGAGACGAACGUCGACCACGAGCCGAAGCAAGUGCCGCUGCAAUCUCCCACACCAACACCGAGAACGCCGACUGCGACAUCCGCAUUGCAUAUCAUCGGCGACGACGACGAAGCCGAAUCUGAAGAAGUCGUGCCUCUCGUAGCGCAACUUCCCAACGUCGCUAGACCAAACCCUACUCUGGCUGCACCAUUGCCGAGAGCACCGGCGAGGGUUGUCGACGCCGAGAUUUGCCCCGAACGGAAUGGCGAGCCGUGUGAAUUCUUGUUGGCCGCUUGGUUGGGUCAGUAGUCAUCCUGAGUCUGGCCGCUCAAGUGCUGUUGCUGACCGCGAAUCCUCUUCGACCCCAUAGGCGAGCAAGAAACCAAGGCUCAAACACACAUCUACCAACUCGGACUGCUGGCUGUAGCACUCAACCGGACACUCGUCGUGCCCAACGUCGGCCGAUCACGACUCACGACCUGCAACCCGAGCCCGUUUGAUUUCUACUACUCGAAAGACGCCCUGUCGCGCUUGGGCAUCCCAGCGAUCGGUCAGAUCGAGCUGAUCGAAUGGGCCGAAAGACGCGACCCUCCAGCGACGGGCCAGGUCGUCAGUCUUGUCACCUCCUUGGCGACCUACCCGAGAGGCGCGAUCGAGAUCGACAGUGCGUCGGACCCGGUCAACGUGCCCAACAAACCCUCGCGCAACAUGUGCAUGCGCUCGCCGAGGAGUCGGGUCGAGUUUGCCGACUACUCGCCCCUAACGAUCUACCCACCCAUGGGUUAUCACAAGACUGAAAAGUCGCGCACGGCCUUUGGGGAAAGCGUCGUCAACACCCUGCGAAGUGAAGCCGUGGGCCAGAGGUCUUCACGAGUCAGCGCUGAUCUCAAGGCAGAAUACACGCUGCCUAACGUCCUAGUCUUCAACUACGAGUUGCGUUACCCGAUGCUCUCGCCGAAUGUAGCGGCCUCCUUCAACCCCGAAGCAGAGAUGGUCGGACCGUUCCAACACUUCCCCUACGCCGAGAUUUGGACCGAUUACGCUAAUUCCAUCAUCGCGAAUCUGUCCCCCUUCAUUGCAAUCCACUGGCGAACCGAAACGAUGAAGCCUGCGAAUCUCGCCCCUUGCGCCAUCUCGCUCGUCCACAAACUCGCACAGCUCAAAGCCCAACACCCCUCAAUCAAAACCGUCUACCUCGCGACGGAUUACCCGAUCGAAGACCUUGACAGCACCAGCAAGGCCUCUGUCCCCCAUUCAGGCACCUACGCCAAAUUCGUCACCGAAUCGCACCACAAAGUCUUCCGCAAAUUCCUACGCGACUUCACUAAAUUACUCCCCGACCUGACCUUGACGACGUUCGCGAAGGAGCAAGAAAAGGUCCCGCUCCCUUCGAACCUGUACGGCAUCUUCUCCGAGCCGAUGAAGAAGCAAUUGAUGAAGGAGCACGACGAUGUCAUGCCCAAGAAACUCAUCAUCGAGGAGAUCGAUUCGGGAUUGUACGGGAUUCUCGACAAGGCGAUCGCGAUGCGCGCUGAGGUGUUCGUCACGGGCACGAUCGGGUUGACGAGCGUCACCUCAAAACGAGCAUGCGCCAAGUUGAGCAGCUUCACGAACCAGGUCAUCAACGCUAGGGACGAACUGCGGACGGCCCAGGACGAAGGGGCGGACGAAGCAGAGGAAGAGACGGUCGACAUGCGGCCAGGAAGAUUGUGGAAUGAUGUCGAGUACUUCAGCAUGCCGGGGGGCACAUCCGUAGAGGCGUGGAGGAUGUGA